AGUUCAGUUCAUGGUGAGGCGAAAAUUCUGCGACUCAUGAAGUAGUGAAAUGGCUGCGCCCACGGAGGGUGGGCGACGUUUUGCUCAAUGGAUAAGCGUUCUAUUCGCACUAGGGUUUUGCGUACCCUCUGUCACUGCGCUUAUAGAGGGACUUUAUUGUGGCACUGAGAUUUGUUACGAUGUACUCGGAGUUUCGAGGGAAGUGGCCAAAUCGGACAUAGCUCGUGCUUACAGACAGCUAGCCAGAAAGUAUCACCCGGACAGAUUCUCAAGUCUUGAAGGCGAGACUCGUGAAAGUGCUCAUCAAAAAUUUCUGCUCAUUGCGACUGCAUAUGAAACACUCAAGGAUGAGGACUCCCGUAGAGACUAUGACUACAUGCUGGACCACCCAGAGGAGUACUACAGUCACUACUACACGUACUACCGGAGGCGGCUGGCGCCCAGAGUGGACGUGCGCAUUGUCAUCCUGGUUACCGUGGUUGCCAUAUCAAUCUUUCAGUACUACAGUUGGUGGGCGAACUACAAUGAAGCCAUCAACUACUUAUCGACAGUCCCCAAGUAUCGCAUCCAGGCAACAGAGGUAGCCAAACAACAGGGUCUCCUGAACAAAACGAAAGAGAAGGGAAAGAACCGACGCUCUAAGGAAGAGAUCCGAGAACAGGAGGAGGAGAUUAUCAGAGACAUCAUCAAGAACAAAAUUGACAUCAAGGGAGGCUACCAGAAGCCUCAGAUCUUGGACAUCCUUCUCUUUAAGGUCGCACUGUUCCCAUAUUACUUGUGUGUCUAUGUUAUCUGGUACUGCCAGUGGAUCUACAGGUUCACCAUUUGCAGGGAGGAGUAUGGAGACGAGGAGAAGCUGUACAUCAUCAGGAAGAACAUGAACAUGUCCCAGUCGCAGUUUGACAGCCUGGAAGAGGAGCAGAAAGGGAAGUUUCUGGAGAGACAGCUGUGGAUCAGAAACAACUAUGAGGUGUACAAGCAGGAGCAGGAGGAAGAGAUGAAGGCCAAAAUGGCCCUGGAUCCCAGGUGGAAGAGAUACCGUCGGUGGAUGAAGAACGAGGGACCUGGAAGACUCACUUUUAUUGACGAUUGACCUUUGCCCUUUGUAUCGUGUCCCUACAAAUUCACACCAUGCUUGUGUUACCUGCGUGUUGUUGGCGGGGUUCAGGUUACUGACAAUAAUGCUGGCUUGUAUGGAUAAUUAUUUUCAUAGAUAUUGUAUUUGAGACAUUCAAAGCCUGUUGAAAGACAUUACAACUGUAUGAUCUGUGGAGGCCUUAUACAGCGUAUUCACUGGGCUGGCCUACGUGGGGGCCUUCAUGAUCUUUAACUAUUUUCUGCUAACGCCUCCUCAUUGGAUUUUGGGGACGAGCUUAAUCAGAAACCUGCCUGGAGGAAUUGUUGUUGUUAGGAGGUCUGCAUCCCAAAUGGUAGCUGCACUAUUUUAAAUGAACGAAGCCCUGUUUAAAAGCAGUUCACUAAAUAGGCAGUACGGUAUCAUAUGAGCUCAGACCAAGGUGACCUGGGUCUGUUGUAGCUGCUUAUCCAUCUCUGGUCAUACACCAAAUAAGCCUUUUUCUGGACUCUCCAUUGAAUGUGCUUUUUUAGUCCAGUAUUUGUCUGGUCCUGGGAGUCCUCUCAGUUAUGUUUUUCAGUGACAGCUCUUCCCGACAUGUGCAGUGUUUUAACUGGGAUUGCUGUUUUGAAUCACAAUUGAAAGGGACUACUAAACAAAUUGCGCUAAGUAUUCAUCGCCCACUCAAAAGAAGGAUAAAAUAUUGGCUUUUUGGCAUGUUGCAUGUUGGCAGCCAACAUUGAGAUUAAUUUUAACUAUACCAUGGCACCAAUCAGUGACUACACAUGCAGCAAACAAAUACUGUUAUAAAAUGGAAUAGUUUUGAGAUUUGUUUGUAGUGAGGCAAAAACCAAUUGAAAAUAUUAAACUGUAGAGUCAAAUAUAAUUGAGUAUGUAUUUCCUUUAUAAUUGCUCAGUACUGGGUAUAUUUGUAUUGUUUCAGAUCAAACUGUCACAUUGUGGUCAAAAUGGCACACUUCCUUGACUGGUGCACACAUUUUAGACAAUGGCCAUAGUGCACUAAGUAGUCAAUAGGGGGUCAUUUCUGACUCCGAUAUCGUGUUUUAUUUAUCAUGUAAUCCUAACAAUGUUAAAUAAAACCUGCCCUGUUGUUA